AAUUAUUACUGAAAAUGACGGAGAAGACUGGCUACAGAGUUGAGCAGAGAGAAGACUUGUGCACAGAAGACCUGUGGACUUGUGGUAUAAAGGUCUGUUCUUGAGCCAAAUUAUACCUUUAUAAUAAUAAUCAGUAUCAGAAGAAAUGAUCAAGUAACUUAGCAUGGCUUCAGAUAAAUGGCCUUCUCUUACUCUACUUUAUUUAGUUGUGCCCCUGAGCAUCAUCCUUCCCUUGUUGAUACUAGCCUGCUGCGUGUUCAUUUGUCGGACUCGGAAUACACCUCCUGAUAUUGAGACAGGAUACAAGAAUCAGAACAUGAUGAAUGUGACGAGGGGUGCUAUGUGUUCAAUAUGGAACUUUGAUGGUAACAUUGCAUAUGAAGACAUCAUAAGAGCGACUAAUAAUUUUGACUUUAGAUACUGCAUAGGAACUGGAGGCUAUGGAAGUGUAUAUGAAGCCAGGUUGCCAAGUGGUAACACUGUGGCGCUGAAGAAACUUCAUCGCCUAGAAGCCGAGGAGCCGGCUUUUGACAGGAGUUUUAGGAAUGAGGUGCACGUUUUGUCAAGUAUAAGACAUAAGAAUAUUGUGAAGCUCCAUGGGUUCUGCUUGCAUCGUCGAUGCAUGUUUCUUGUCUAUGAGUACAUGGAGAAGGGUAGUUUAUUUUGUGCCCUUAGAGAUGACGCCCACGCCAUUGAAUUGGAUUGGAGUAAGAGGGUAAACAUUGUGAAAGGUAUAGCACAUGCUUUAUCUUACAUGCACCAUGACUGCACACCACCUAUAGUUCAUCGAGACAUAUCAAGUAAUAACAUCCUUUUAAACUCUAAGAUGGAGGCAUUUGUCGCUGACUUUGGUGCAUCAAGGUUGCUAGACCUCGAUUCAUUGAAUCACACUACAGUUGCAGGCACUUACGGUUAUAUUGCUCCAGAGCUUGCGUACACAAUGGUUGUGACAGAAAAAUGUGAUGUGUAUAGCUUUGGAGUAGUAGCUUUAGAAAUCAUCAUGGGAAAGCAUCCAGGAGACUUCCUCACAUCAUUCCCAACUCUGAAAUGCACUCAGAAUGCAAUGUUGAAUAAUGUAUUGGAUGCGCGACUUCCACGUCCAACAAGACAACAAGAACUAGACAUUAUACUUGUUUUGAAGCAGGCAUUCGCAUGUAUAAAUUCCAAUCCCAAACUUCGACCAUCUAUGAUUACUUUAUCUCAGGAGUUUUUAAAAACCACGAAGGCAUUGUCCGCAAAUUCUAUCUAUACCACUUCAAUUAAACAAGUUUGCUGAUUUUUGGAGUAAUUGAGAGGAUCGCAGCAACUAACCUGAUUUGUUACUCAAGUGUUCCAUGCCGUGGUUAUUAUUUGAUAUUCGGGACAUAAAUGAAGUAUGUUAAGCAGAAUGACUUUCUUGAGGUGAUUGACAUAGUGACAUGCUCAGCAAUAUCAAUGCUUUGUGAUGACUGAGGCUGACAAUGGUUUUACCAGGCAGCAUUCUCUGCAGCUCCACCAAGGUCUCUGUAGCUUCGUUUGCAGAAGGCACGUCUCUGUAUAUGUACUAUGAAAUGUAUAAGGUAUAUAAUAUGAGUAGUGCUGCAUCCACAAAAUUGAAUACAAAAUUUUGCAUAAAAUGAUAUGAUUUAGGUGAAAUGUUUUAAUUGAU